GCUUUUCUCCUCUCUCUCUCGGCCGCCGCCUGCUCUUUCCCGCCUGCUCUUUUCUCUCCUCUCUCUCUCUCUCUCUCUCUUGGCCUCCGCCUGCUUCCAGUCACCGCCCCGAAACUAACAAAUUCAUUCUCGUAUCGAAGAUGUCGUCGCUUCGGAACGCAAUCCCUAGAAGGGCUCACAAGGAGCGAGCCCAGCCUGAGGCGAGGAAGAAGUUUGGGAUUCUGGAGAAGCAUAAAGAUUAUGUUUUGCGAGCAAAAGCUUUUCACCAGAAGGAAGAGGCUCUAAGAAAAUUGAAGGAGAAGGCAGAGUUCAGAAAUCCUGAUGAGUUCUACUUCAAGAUGAUCAACACUAGGACUAUCAAUGGGGUCCAUAGGCCACCGAGUGAAGCAAACAAGUAUACUCAAGAGGAGCUCAUGCUAAUGAAGACUCAGGAUAUGGGGUACAUUCUUCAAAAAAUUCAAAGUGAAAAGAAGAAAAUUGAAAGAUUGACUUCUGUACUCCAUGCAUUGGAUAACCAGCCCCUGAACAAGCGUGUUUUCUAUGCUGAAAACAGGAAAGAAGCCAAGGAUAUACGAUCAAGGUCACUUGAGAGCAGCAAUUCGCCUGUUUUUAGUAAAGUGCCAAAUAGCAUAAAGAAGAAAACAGCUUGCUCAUAUGCUGAGGUAGAAUCAAGAAAGCAGAGGGUUCAACAAUUAGAAAAAUUAUAUUCCGAGAUGGCUUUGCAGAAAGAACUACAGAAAUCUGGCCGUAAGCGCAAACUUCGCGAAGAAGAGUUGGUCUCCCCAACAAGUAGACCGGUCUAUAAAUGGCGUACAGAACGUAAACGAUGAAAUAUGCGACAACAUUCUUUUGCUGAUGAUUUCACUAUGCUUGUGGUUGCUGAUGAUUUCACUAUGCUUGUGGCUCUUCAACUGUUUUGGUGACUGCAACUGAAAUUUAAGUGGAUGGUUGUUUCCUGUCAUGUUUAAACACCAUUGUUGGUAUGCUUGAAUUUUUUUUGUUUAUUCACUUUUUCAGAUCUGCAGUAUGACUGUUUUUGAGACUGCUCCAUGAUUGAAUCCUCUUUUUCCGCUGGUGACGCUACUCUCACUUUAUGAAUUAUGUAUCAAAAGCCUUGAUCUGAUUGUUUAUCAAGGGUGUAUGUAUUAUUGUGCUUUCCUUUUUCUUUUUCUUUUUUACUUCCAACUCUGUACUGCUUCUUUUUUUUACUUCCAACUAUUCUAUACUAAUUCAAUAAUAGACAGUUCUUAAUACA